GAAAUUUCAAGCACUAAGCAAGUCUGUACUACGAAGAUGAGUACUACGAAACUGCUCUAUAGUAUUGUCGGUACAAUCGGGUGUUCAACAAAUGGCUUUGCCGUAUUUAUUCUAUAUAACUUGCAGAAUAGAUGCAGUACAACAAACCUUUUGAUCACAAAUCAGUGUAUCAUUGACUUUUUGACAUCUUUUGUUUCGCUUUGCCUUUUUCUUGAUUCGGACAUAAUGACUCGGCUCCCAGACUCUAGUGUUGCAGCAGAAUUAGUUUGCAAGUUUUGGUCAAGCAAGUAUAUUUUCUGGUCAAGUAUAUAUUCCUCAACGGCUAAUCUGGUAGUACUUACAUUUGAUCGUUACUUUGCCGUAAUGUAUCCACUAAAGUACAAAAUAGUCAAGGAAAAGUGUAGGAUGAAAGUGAUGCUUUUGCUAAUUCCCUGGAUAAGCGGUUUUGGAUUUGUCCUCCUCUGGUUAGCGGCACACACUGUGAAGGAUAGAAAGUGUAUCCAGAGUUGGCCAAGUGUUGAGUAUCAGAAAGCCUUUGGUUUACUGAAUGGUCUUUACAUUCUUAUUAUACCUAUCGGUGUGAUGCUGUUUGUUUACUUCAGAAUUUUCCGUGCUCUACGGCGCCGUGUUGGCAGUAUUUCCCAGGGAGUAAGUGCGAUCAGUGCGGCCAGACGACUGAAUAUUAUUAGGACAAUGUUAAUAGUUAGUGUGACGUAUGUUAUCUGCUGGACACCAAACCAAAUAGCUUUUAUCAACUUUACAUUGGGUGGAAAGUUUAAUUUUAACGGACCGUUGUACUACAUUACAGUAGCAAUGUCACUGUGUAACAUCUGUAUCAAUCCCAUAAUAUACACUUUCAAAUAUGAUGACUUUAGAGUGGGUAUGCGAAAAACUCUGCCAUGUCUUAAAGCAGUACCCGUACCACAUGACGCUAUUCUACCGUCAGGCAGGGGUAGCUCAAGAAUUUACCCCAUCGAAGAGUCGAAGUCUCAUGACCAGCCUAAGGUCCCCAGUGGGACAUCAAGUGGCGAAGCCCCUGGAAGCUCCAACAGUUAACUAUCUAAGAGGCUUAUCAUUGAUUUCAAAAUCUCAUAAUUUGUGAAAAUGCAUAUACCUAUGCACUAUUUUACAACUGUUUUAAAAUUGACCUUUAGCAUUUAAGCUUCAGAAGACUGAUACAUUUCUCAACCUAGGCUAAUAAUUAUACUGAUAUCACGCAAAUUAAACAAUUUCUGUAUUCGUUUUUGCCUAACGGAAAAUUAGGCUUAUGACCGUGCAUGUUAAUAUAUCUACUGCAUGCAGUUUUUAGAGGUCUGCCGAUUUAUUGCAAAUAUUUCAGCAGU